GUAUGUGGCUUUCUUCUGCCCAGUGCGCCCGCUCCCUCCCACAUGGCCCAGAUGGGGCCAUCAGAUGACAUUGGAAGAAUCGCAUUCAGAUGUUGAUGUUAAUGUAUGUUACGCUAUAAGACAUUGUCCAGUCCUUUUUGUUUUCACCAGCAGAAGUAGCUUGGGGUUACAAUGUUACAAGAAUAGUCAAAAGCAUCAAGCAAAUCGGAACAUCUUUGAGAGCAGGUUGGGAAGCAGGUUCCGGAUGUAUUUUUGCCGGUCGUUUCAGACAGAGACAUUGACGGUUCAUGCCUUCCCAGAAGAAUCAUUGAGUCACAUUGAUUUGUGGUAGGUCCACCUGGCUGGACAUUUUAUAGAGGUAUCGUGAGUGGGAGCUCGAGGCAUGGCUGGCUGGGGAAUGCUCAACCCCCCGCUCAAUGGUGGUGGCAGAGGCAUGUGGCUCUGCAACGUUAUUGGCGAAUGAUGGACCCGAAGCACCACCGUCUACGACGAUACCAACCAAGGACCUUUUUGGUCCUCUCAUGCUGCAACACACAGUUAAGGAGACUUCCGAGGCAGAUGGUGAUCUUCGGAUCCGUGCCUCCGCUGCAUCCCCUUCCAAGUCCGGACAUUUGUACAGAGGGCAGAUUGAGGCCUCAAGAGCACCUGUGGGUUUGUCACGAAGGGCGUACGGAGAGUACGGAGAUGGAUACCUUCUAGGCCACCCAAAUCUGGUGGCUACGAGCAGGGGUGACUCCACGGUCUCGUCUGAUGAGGAGAUUGGUUUCGUCAAUCAUUUGGGUAUUGCGGACAAAGCAAGGGAGUCCAAAAUUGGACAGCCCCCUGCGAUGGGUGCUGCGGGAAGUUCUCUUGGGAAUUCAAGUAAUUAUUGGGCCAUGCGCCGCAGCAUCUGCAGACCUUCAGUUCUGGGGAAAACAACUGGUUGAGCUGCACACUACUGCACACUAACUACUGCACCAGAUCAACCCUAAUCUUGAAGUUUGAGCAGUUGCUGACGUUGAAGAGAUGUUGAUUUCUUUGCGGCUUGCUCCUUCGCUUCAGAGCUUUAAGAUGCUGC